UGUGGCCAUGUGUCGAUGCCACCGAAUGUCAUCUUGUACAUUUCUCUCUAGUUCAUUUUCUUAUCAGCCAUGGCUUCCACUACCAAUUCUGCUCAUGAUGACUCCUUUGAGCUAUUUGACUUGAGAGUCGAGGUCGUUUGUCCGCCUGGCAAGAAGAUCAUGUGUGGAGCCAAAGAAGGCGACUACUUCACAUUAAAGGGCGAGAUGCUUUUCCUACCACCAGACCAGGGUAUCAGCAUCUACAGCCUUGCAUCCGUUCUUCCGCUUCUACCGGCUAAGCAGAGAGUAACUUCUCCCAAUGACUGGAUGACCACGGAUGCACUUAUCGCUUGCCCUGAUCCCAAUUGUCCUUCCCAACUAAAGAUAAUGAAGGAAGGGAUUCGGAAGUUCAGCCAUGCUGAGACGACUGUUGUUCCUUUGACUGGAAAUUCGGGGGCCUGAAGCAUGAUCGAACGGGUUGCCGUUAGAUGUAUAAUAUUCAUUAAUCUGUUUG